AUGGGAGAGCCGCUUUAUGAUCAAGUCGUAGGGAAGGUAUCUGAAGGCAAGCUCGGUCGUCCUUGCCGGAUCUAUGCGCCAGUAGGCACCCACGAGACGCUGUUGGCGUAUCUUGUCCGUCGACUCUUGGAAAACGGUGCCAACACCUCCUUCGUCAACCGCAUUGCUGAUCACUCGGUAUCAAUUCAGGAACUGGUUGCCGAUCCAAUCGCCUUGGUCGAAGGUCAAGGCGCCAAAGAGGAUGCCACCGAGAAAGACGUGGAUAACGCGUUGCAGUGUGCUGUUGCCGCAGGGCCCAUCUGGCAGUCCACACCAGCACAACAGCGCGCCGCCAUCUUGGCGCGUGCAGCUGAUCGGAUGGAAGCGCAGAUUCAGCCACUUAUGGGCUUGCUCACCCGGGAAGCCGGCAAAACCUACGCCAAUGGCAUUGCCGAAGUGCGUGAGGCUGUCGAUUUCCUGCGCUACUACGCAGUGCAGGCCGCUCGCGAGCUGGACAACGAUAACCACCGUCCACUAGGCCCGGUGGUAUGCAUUAGCCCUUGGAACUUUCCGCUGGCCAUUUUCACCGGUCAGAUAGCGGCCGCUCUGGCAGCGGGCAAUCCCGUUCUGGCCAAGCCCGCUGAACAGACCCCUCUCGUGGCCACCCAAGCCGUACGAAUUUUGCUUGAUGCAGGUAUUCCAGAAGGUGUGCUGCAGCUUUUGCCAGGGGAUGGUGCCCGCGUAGGGGCCCGACUGGUCAAUGAUGCUCGUAUUCGCGGCGUCAUGUUCACCGGCUCGACCGAAGUCGCCCGGCUCUUGCAGCGUUCGUUGGCGGGUCGAUUGGACUCACAGGGUCGAACGCUGCCAUUGAUUGCCGAAACCGGUGGCCAGAACGCCAUGAUCGUCGACUCAUCGGCGCUCACCGAACAAGUUGUUCAGGACGUUGUGGCGUCGGCAUUCGACAGCGCCGGUCAGCGUUGCUCGGCACUGCGUGUCCUGUGUGUUCAAGAGGACGUUGCUGACCGCGUUCUGGAAAUGCUGCGCGGUGCGAUGGCUGAGUGUCACGUGGGUAACCUCGAGAUGCUGAACAUCGACGUGGGCCCGGUAAUCGAUGGUGAAGCGCGUGACAUGAUUGAGCGACACAUCGGCGCCCUUCGUCAGAAGGGACGUAAGGUGUUCCAAGGCACACGCAUCCAUGCUGACUCCACACACGGUACCUUCCGUCCCCCGACUGUCAUCGAGCUUGAGGAUUUUGACGAGCUUGAGCGCGAAAUCUUCGGCCCGGUCCUGCACGUGAUUCGUUAUGCGCGCAAGGAUCUGCCUGCGCUGCUGGAGCAAAUCAAUGGAACGGGCUAUGGCCCUUCUCUUGGCCUGCACACACGUAUUGAUGAAACCAUUGCCUCGGGGUGCAACCGUUCGGCGGCGAAGGACUUUCCGGAACGGGCCCGAAAGCAGGGGCCCCUCUAUCUGCUGCGCUUGCUCUCCAAUUGCCCUGCCGACUCUGCCAGCAAGGUACUGAAUCGACGUGACGUCCACGGUGAAGCGGAGUCCGAAGGUCGUCAGCGCCUGCAGGUGCCUUUGAAAUCUCUAAUCGCCUGGGCUCAAAACCAACCUCCAGAAGCGGUUGGAGCCCUCAUUGAAUUUGUUCGCUUGUCCGAGAGUGGUACCACUCGAGUGCUGCCCGGCCCUACUGGUGAGCGUAAUACCUAUUCCAUCCUGCCUCGCAACCGGGUGCUUUGCCUGGCUGAACGCAAGAGCGAUCUCCUGAUCCAGCUGGGCGCCGCAUUAGCUGUCGGCGCAGGCGUACUGCUUUGCGAAUCCACCGGUGAUAUCUACCCAUUCGUCAAACAGCUACCGACAGAUGUGCAGGCACGCAUCGAUAUCACUGCGGAUUGGACGAGCGACACGGCUGACUUUGAUGCCGUUAUCUACCACGGCGACUCGGACAGGCUACGCCAGGUAUCUCAGGCGAUCGCAGUUCGCCCCGGAGCAAUCAUUGGUGUUCAAGGUCUGGAAGCGGGUGAUACGGCAAUCAACCUGGAGCGCUUGGUGAUCGAGCGUGCUGUCAGUGUCAACACGGCCGCUGCCGGUGGUAACGCCAGCCUGAUGUCGAUCGGC